AGCAAACUUCGAUUUCGUUCGGUGGGAGAAGUCGAAAGGACAAUCUUGACCAAUCGGACUCGAUAUUUUUAAAUUCGUGCACGAUUCAAAAACAGAAUCGAUUUUAUCUUUAUGGAGAUUGCAAAUCGUAAGCUUUUAAAAUUGUGACUAAUUGUGUUACCAAGGUUUUGAAACGAUGAAAAAUGGAUGAUGUAAAUCAAUUUGCAUCGUCCUGAAAAUUUCGAAGACUUUUUUUUUGUGGUAAAUGAAACCCAAAUAUUCAUCCUACAAAAACAAAUACUGGAUAGGAAAUUUUAAAUAAAUCAAGAAAAUGACCGUCAGUCCCGAGGAAGCGACGGUGCUCCAGGGCGGUAAAUCUGAGAGGAAAAUCGAAAACUUCGACGAUGUUCUCCCUUAUGUCGGAGGUGCUGGAUGUUAUCAAUGGAUUUUAUUUUUUCUACUUCUUCCGUUUGCCUUUGGCUACGCUUUUCUCUACUUCACUCAGUAUUUCGUCACCCUCACACCAGAUCAAUAUUGGUGCACGGUACCUGAAUUGGAAGCAUGGAAUUUUACCGAUCAUGAAAAAAUUGCGUUUUCUAUUCCAACUGUCAGCACUGCGGUUAAUGAAUCGGUGGAGGAUAGUGCCAAGGCUUAUUCCAGAUGCGAAAUGUACAAUGUGAACUUCACAGAAUUACUGAGUAAUGGAAUCAAGGAACCUAAUGCAUCUUGGCCAACAACGCCGUGCCGUUAUGGAUGGACAUUUAAUUUCAGCUCCAUUCCUUAUGCAUCGCUUGCAGUAGAGCUCGAGUGGGUAUGUGAUAAAAUGUAUUACUCUUCUUCGGCUCAAUCGAUCUUCUACGUUGGCAGUAUCAUCGGUGGAUUCAUUUUCGGCUAUAUAGCCGAUAAUUAUGGACGAAUGCCUGCUUUAGUCGUCUGCAACAUGGUUGGAUGUUCUGCUGCGAUUGCCACAUCGUUUUGUAACAAUUUCUGGUCGUUUUGUCUCUGCCGGUUCCUGGCAGGAAGUGCGUUUGACAACUGCUUCAACAUGAUGUUCAUCAUUUUGAUCGAGUACGUCGAUCUGCAGCAUCGAACCUUCAUGGCAAACGCAUCAUUUGGUCUGUAUUUUUCUUGCUCCGCCGGCGUUUUACCAUGGCUUGCAUACUACAUUGCCGAUUGGCGAAUUUUCAAUGGAGUCACAGCGAUACCAUUCAUGGCAGCGUUUUUUGCACCCUGGAUAGUACCUGAAAGUGCAAGAUGGUACAUCUCGAGUGGUAAGAUUCCAAAAGCUGUGAAGACGUUGAAGAAAAUUGCAAAGGUCAACGGUAAGACUGUGGACAAAGAAAUCUACAAGGAAUUCGAGGAGAGCUGUAACGACAUCGUAAAGAAUGACAAGUCACAUGACAACUACACUGUUAUGGAUCUUUUCAAAAUGCCUCGCCUUUUUUUUAUCACAGUCAUGCUUAACAUAUACUGGCUUCUUAUUCUUUUCGUGUAUGACGGCCAUGUUUGGAACAUGAAAUUGUUGGAUCCGGAUGUUUUCACAUCAUUCUCUUUGGGUGCUUUGACCGAACUUCCAGCUGCCUUACUACUGGUACUUUACCUCGAUAAAUGGGGUCGCCGAUGGAUGAGUUUUUUCUCGAUGCUCCUCUGUGCAAUAUUUUCGUUCAUUGCCUUGGCCAUGCCUACAGGUGCUACCCGAGUUGCGAUGGGAAUAAUUGCACGCUUUGGGGUGAACUUAGCUGGGAAUAUUGGAUUCCAGUAUGCCGCAGAAAUGUUGCCUACGGUUGUCAGGGCGCAGGGUGUAUCCCUAAUUCACACUUUCGGGUACAUCGCCCAUAUUAUCGGACCCUACGUAGUUUAUUUGCAUGACGUAUCUACGCAUCUACCAUUGACGGUACUUGGAUUGCUUUCCCUUGUUGUGGCUGUGCAGUCUCUAUUCCUGCCCGAAACAUUGGGUCAAGAUUUACCUCAGACGUUGCAGGAUGGAAAUGAUUUCGGUAUUGAACAGAACUUUUGGUGGAUACCAUGCAUAUCAAGCACUUCCGAAAGAAAGAAAAAAUUCCGAAAGCUGUCACCUACAAACGUACUGCCGUAAAGGAUCAUCAGCCCCGACCCGUUGGACCAGAAGAAUUCUAACAAUAUGCAAGACCAAAGUCAUUUAUUGCCCUUAGCAAACUCAAUAGUUUGGAAAGUGAUUUCAGACAUUGACUAAAUAUUGGGUUUUCCAUAAAAAAUUAACAAUCUGGGGAAAAAAAUUACAUCCAAGUAUACACUUUUUAGGAUAAUUUCGAUUAAAUUUCAUCUACGUAGAUCUAAAUUUUAACGAAUCGUAAAUCCAUCGAGAUUUUCGUAGAUUUCAAUUGUAUUUACGUAUAUAGACUUGAGGUGAUCUGAUAUUGUGAAUGCACGUUUAUGCUUAUUACAUCUCCGUAUAUCUACUUGAAUCUCGAUAGAUUUAGACGGUAGACAUAUAUGCAUGUAUUGUCAUUUUAGCGUAGGGUUAAUGGUACACAGAAUAUGAUCUUUGUUUAAUUAGUGUUACAGUAUUAUUACAGUUAUUGUUGGUUAUUUUAAUUAUGGCUCCCUGUAGUUGUUGGUGUGGCACUCUCGUUGGUAAAUGAAGUGUUUUAGUGUUAACAACGGCAUUUUUAGAAUUUUGAUCACAACCGCGCAGUGUUCGUUGGUCUACACGCGCAACUUUGGGUUUUUUCUACUGGGGGGUGGGUCUUCUUGAGACUGUGGUGUGAGUAUACAUCGCUGUAUAUUGGUUGCCUAGCAUUUGGAGCAGUCUCCUUGAGACUGUGGUGUGAGUAUACACUGCUGUAUAUCGAUUGCCUAGCAUUUGGAGCAGUCUCCUUGAGACUAUGGUGUGAGUAUACACCGCUGUAUAUUGGUUGCCUAGCAUUUGGAGCUAUUCUGUAGAUAUUUUACAUAGGGCUUUGGGGAACUUAAGUUUUUCUUAUGGUUGGAUCCUAUUUACCGAUUACUAUUGAUUAUGUUUAUUUGA